UCAUACAGUCGGUGAUCUCAAACCUGCUGCAAUUUCUUUCUAGCAGCUCUCUACUUUGCGUAGAGUAACAGUGCAGGUCGUUCCGUUACCGAAAGUCAGGUGACUAUCUUUCAAGACAGUGAAUUGUUUAUCUACAGGUCGUCACGAUAUUUACUCUCAAUUUCAAACUGCAAGGAACAUGGUUUGGAUCAGUGUCCCAGUGUUUACUAUCAUCGCAAUAACAUGCGGUGCAGCGUUUAAAAUCCAAAACAUCACUCGCGAAGUGCGCGUCGGUCAGAAGGGAUUUUCGUUGCAAUGCGAAAAGACGACAAGCAGAUAUGAUCGUCGACUCUUAGCCGAAAAAUCAAGAAAAAGAAAGAAUUUACGCACGUGCCAACAAGGAACAAUGAGACGAGGAAGGGUGUGCGUGGAGAGUCUAGACGGCGGAUGGUAUCGCAAGUUUCGUUUUGGAGAGAUUGUCAAGGGAAAGUCUGACGGUGUGUACACUUGUACGGAGACGUACCAAGGAUAUGACCAUACAAGAGUUGUAUACAAGAAAACAGUUUGGAAUGUCAUCGUCAUAGGUCCUCAUACUUCCGGUUCUUCCUCUACGAAAACAGUUAUGACAAAAAUGCCAGGCCGGAAUGUCACUCUAAAUGGGAAUUCCACUUCUCCUACCAAAACCGUUACCACAAAAAUUCCAAGCCGGGAUGUCACUCUAAUUGAUGAUUCCACUUCUUCUCCUACCAAAACAGUCACCAUCUCUCCGACAUCUAGACACACCGAGAAAUCAAGCGAAUUGUUACAGUCUUCUACUGCAACGCACAAACCAUCAGAACGUUUCAACAAACACUCGACCACGUUAUCUACUACCCACUUGGAUAUACAAACGGCCAACAGCAUAAACUCUCGUACCAUUGCGGCUGUGACGUUCCUCUCUGCUGUUGCUUCAUUUGUCUUUGUGGCUUUUGUUGUAAUGAUUGUCAAGAGACAGUGUGUCAAGACAGAAAAUUCAGAAAAUAAUUCGAUGAAGAGUUUGUCGAAGUGUCCAUGGCCAUUGUAACCAAGCAAUCGUGAACAAGCUCCACAAAAUGUCUUGACGUCUAGUUGAAAUUAAUGAAAAAAGCAUGAAUGUGUUUUGAUCGUGUAAGGAACUUUUAGUGGUUACUUGUCGUUUAGUAGCAUAGUGAAAGGAGCGAAGUUAGCUAGACUAGAUGGUCAUCAUUUGAAUAGAUGUUUUGCAUUUUA